AAAGCGACGGAGCCCGGUGGACGGAAGUGGGUGUUGGAGGCUUUAAGGUAGCUUUAAAUUCGUGUUGUCCUGGGAGCUCGCCCUUUUCGGCUGGAGUCGGGCUUUACGGCGCCGGAUGGCUCUGGACGUGAAGUCUCGGGCAAAGCGUUAUGAGAAGCUGGACUUCCUUGGGGAGGGACAGUUUGCCACCGUUUACAAGGCCAGAGAUAAGAAUACCAACCAAAUUGUCGCCAUUAAGAAAGGUCCCACUCUGUCGCACAGGCUGGAGUGCAGUGGCGUGAUCUCGGCUCACUGCAACCUCCACCUCCCCAGGCUCAAGCAGUUCUCCUGCUGCAGCCUCUCAACUGCUGACCUCAACUGAUCUGCCCACCUCAGCCUCCCAAAGUGCUGAGAUUACAGGCUUGAGCCACCACACCCAGCCUGCAACUUGUUAUUCUGAGUCAACAUUAUUUCCGAAAUCCUCUAUAUCGUAUCAUACAUGUAGAUCCAGUUGAUUCAUGCUCGUUGAUUAUUAGAUUCCAUUAUAUGACUACACUGAAAUUUUCUAUCCAAACUCUCGUUGAUAAACAUUUAGGCUGCUUUUUAAUGCUUUCCUUUAAUACAUUCCUUCUCUGGAUAGUCAUCUGUGAGUCAUCUUGUAUGCAGGUUUGAGUUUCUCUAGAGAAUGUAUCUAUAAGUGAAACAAAUUAUGAAUUGUUGCUUCAGAGUAUCACAACCAUCAGCUUUACCAGAUAUGGUCAAAUUGCUCUCCAGAAUGAUUGGACCAGUUUACUGUCCCACCACAUUCUCAACAUCAUUUGCAUUGUCAGACUUUAAAACGUUUGUCAAUUACGUAGAUUGAAAAUGGUAUGUACUUAUUGUUUCAAUUAACAUUUCUCUGAUUACUGGUAAAGUUCAUCAUCUUUUCUUACACUUACUGGCUUCUUAGAUUUUCUCCUGUUUUCUGUUGGAUUACGUACUUUUUUUGUCCUAUUGAUUUAUUGGACUUAUUCAUACUUUUUGUUUUUUUUAAUAGAGACAAGGUUUCACUUUGUUGUCCAGUCUGGUGUCAAACUCCUGACCUUAAGCAAUCCUCCAGCAUCGGCCUCCCAAAGAGCUGGGAUUACAGAUCAAACUUGGACAUAGAUCAGAAGCUAAAGAUGGUAUAAAUAGAACCGCCUUAAGAGAGAUAAAAUUAUUACAGGAGCUAAGUCAUCCAAAUAUAAUUGGUCUCCUUGAUGCUUUUGGACAUAAAUCUAAUAUUAGCCUUGUCUUUGAUUUUAUGGAAACUGAUCUAGAGGUUAUAAUAAAGGAUAAUAGUCUUGUGCUGACACCAUCACACAUCAAAGCCUACAUGUUGAUGACUCUUCAAGGAUUAGAAUAUUUACAUCAACAUUGGAUCCUACAUAGGGAUCUGAAACCAAACAACUUGUUGCUAGAUGAAAAUGGAGUUCUAAAACUGGCAGAUUUUGGCCUGGCCAAAUCUUUUGGGAGCCCCAAUAGAGCUUAUACACAUCAGGUUGUAACCAGAUGGUAUCGGGCCCCUGAGUUACUAUUUGGAGCUAGGAUGUAUGGUGUAGGUGUGGACAUGUGGGCUGUUGGCUGUAUAUUAGCAGAGUUACUUCUAAGGGUUCCUUUUUUGCCAGGAGAUUCAGACCUUGAUCAGCUAACAAGAAUAUUUGAAACUUUGGGCACACCAACUGAGGAACAGUGGCCGGACAUGUGUAGUCUUCCAGAUUAUGUGACAUUUAAGAGUUUCCCUGGAAUCCCGUUGCAUCACAUCUUCAGUGCAGCAGGAGACGACUUACUAGAUCUCAUACAAGGCUUAUUCUUAUUUAAUCCAUGUGCUCGAAUUACGGCCACACAGGCACUGAAAAUGAAGUAUUUCAGUAAUCGGCCAGGGCCAACACCUGGAUGUCAGCUGCCAAGACCAAACUGUCCAGUGGAAACCUUAAAGGAGCAAUCAAAUCCAGCUUUGGCAAUAAAAAGGAAAAGAACAGAGGCCUUAGAACAAGGAGGAUUGCCCAAGAAACUAAUUUUUUAAAGAGAACACUGGACAACAUUUUACUACUGAGGGAAAUAGCCAAAAAGGCAAAUAAUAGAAAAAUAGUGAACAUUAAGUAAAUGCUGUAGAAGUGAGUUUGUAAAUAUUCUACACAUGUAAAAUAUGUAAAACUAUGGGUUAUUUUUAUUAAAUGUAUUUUAAAAUAAAAA